UCGAACCCAACUAAAGUUAGCUGGCCAGUUAGAUUGCGAUUGCUAAAAUCAGUUAUUGAUUGACCCGUGAGCUGUUAGUACGUGUCGCGGUAUUCGUGGAAGAAGAUGAAAAUUGCAACAUCUGUUUUUGUGGGCCUCAUCGCUUUGGCCAUUGACUCUUGCUGGGCAGGCAAUUUAGAGGAAAAAUACGCCUGGAGUGAGUUAAAAUUCGACUGGCCAUCCAAGGAAGCUGAGCAGGAAGCUAUCACUUCAGGAAGAUAUGUGCCUGCUAAUAACUUACCUUUGGGUAUUGAAGUUUGGCGUGAUAAACUAUUUGUGACCGUCCCAAGAUGGAAAUCUGGUGUAGCUGCCUCUCUGAAUUACAUCCAGCUACCAACAGAUGAAAAAUCGCCCGUACUACGCCCGUACCCCAGCUGGGAGGAUAACAACCUGCCGAUCGAAGUAUCUGCCCAACCAGUUGCCGAAACAGCAGCUGGACGAGCUGAAGCGAAGAAACCAGCCCUUGUUGGUGAAGGUCUGAAACUGAACUCUUCUAUUGUUUCAACAUUUCGUGUUCGAGCAGAUGAAUGCAACCGGCUCUGGGUCAUGGAUACCGGACUGGCUGAUAUUCUCGGCAAUCCUAAUCAAGUAGCUCCUCCAGCAAUUGUAAUAUUCGAUCUUGAAACGAAUCAACUUAUUCGACGUUUCACAUGCCCCGAAAGUGUCAUCAAGGAGGAUACGUUCUUUGCCAAUAUUGUCGUCGAUGUAUCCAAGCACGAUUGUGACAACGCCUACGCUUACAUCCCGGAUUUAGGAGCCUACAGCAUUGUCGUUUACUCCUUCAAGGACAACAAGGCCUGGCGUGUCAAACACAAUUUCUUCCAUUUCGAUCCCCUGAACGGAGACUACAAUGUUGGCGGAGUCAACUUCCAGUGGACGGAUGGAGUCUUCGGGUUGGCAGUGGGCAAUGAAAAGACGGACGGAUCGCGAGAUGUCUACUUCCAUGCAUUGUCUAGCACAAAGGAAUUUGUCGUUUCCAACAAAGUCCUGCAGAAUGAGACCUACUCAACGAGUCCAGAUUGCUACUAUGAAUUCAAAUUAUUAGGCGACCGCGGUGCCAACGGACAGUCAUCAGCCGAAUUUUUUGAUAAAGAUAACGAAAUUGUCUUCUAUACUCAAGUGAACAAGGACGGAGUUGGGUGCUGGAAUGCGAAGAAACCCUACAAUCAGGAUACGCAAGGGUUGGUGGACUCUGAUUCGACUGCUCUUGUGUUCCCUAACGAUUUGAAAGUUGACCAAGAUGGGUACUUGUGGGUGCUCUCCGACAGAAUGCCAGCGUUUAUCUACCAAUCCCUGAAGCCGGAAGAAGUGAACUACAGGAUUCUUCGAGGAAAGGCAAGGGAGCUAAUUCGGGGCACUCCUUGCGACAUUGAGUGAAGAACGAGUAUUUAGAUAAGUUGUAUGUAGAUAAUUAUUUCAGCGUAAAGAGAAACUAUAUGUAUCUGUUAGUACAAGAAGUUUAGUAGACAAUAAAUAUACGUAAAUUCGUACACAGGAAUUAGGAAAAUA